UCUAUGAUGACAUGCCCCUCCUCCUAUUUUAGAGGCUGGGGGCUUCCCUAGACCCUGCCACUGUGGACCAUCUUAUGCCCCUGGUGACGAGGAUGGAGUGCCCUCUGUAUGAGCUGGACCCCUUGGAGGUACCACCCCUCACCCCCACGAGUAAAGAGGUCCUGAGCCAGGCGAUGCAGGCCAGUUUUGCUGGCUUUAACCAGGAGAGACUCAAGCUGCAUCUCCCACAAGACCCCAUGCUGUGGACUGAGUGGGAGGUGAACCACUGGCUGGACUGGUGCCAGGCUGAGUUUGCCCUCCCGUGUGUGGGGGCAGAGCUGCGGGCACUAAGGGGGCAGGAGCUCUGUGCACUGGAGCGGGACGCUUUCCUUAGCCUCACGUUGGACUGCAGCACCGGAGAGAUCCUGUGGGAGCACCUGGACUCCAUAAGGAAGGAUAACUACUGUGACUAUGAGCGCCCACACAAACCAUUCCAAGUCCAAUACUGUCCAUUGGAGUUUUCUGAACUCUUUACACUGGAUUUUGCCAAUAUCCCAUCUCAAGACAAUCAGAUGGUCAAGAGAGAGAUCGUGUUUGAGCAGCAAAAAGAAAAUGUGACAGAAACAACAGGUGUGGACUCAGAAGGGUCUGCUCCGUGCAAUAUGGACGAGAUUCUUAUAGGUCCUCUGUCCUGGUCUGGACAACUGCACGAGUCAGACGAGUCCAUUGAAGAGGAAACUGUAUUUGAGCAAAUGUUUAAUGUUUUGCGGCCGCACAAGAGUUUCAAAGAAUACAUCGGCAACAAGACAGACCUGGGCCGAGCAGUCAUCCCUGCGGCUAUUCUUGCAGGAUACACAGGGAGUGGUCCCAUUCAGCUGUGGCAGUUUCUUCUGGAGCUUCUGACCGAUCGCACUUGUCAAUCCUGUAUCAGCUGGACUGGAGAUGGAUGGGAGUUCAAACUGACGGACCCAGAUGAAGUGGCUUUGCUAUGGGGCCGGAGGAAGAACAAGCCUAAAAUGAACUAUGAGAAGCUAAGUCGCGGCCUGCGCUACUAUUAUGACAAGAACAUUAUCCGUAAGACAGCCGGCAAGCGCUAUGUCUACAGGUUUGUAUGCAACUUGCAGGGGCUGCUGGGAUACGAGCCCAGAGAGCUGCAUGCCAUGUUGGACAUCAGCUCCAAAAGUCUCUAAA